CGACAUUCUAGUCGAGUAGUUAGCUGUCUUCUAGUAUCGGAAAAGGGCGAGGGACGUUGGCGCCACGAUUGGUUUGCUAAAUUAAGCGGCCGUUCGCGCGCAGCAGCAAUUUACUUUGCAUCAUGGCCGACGCCAAGCGAGCGGUCGUCAAGACGGACGAGGUCUCGCGCAACCAGAUCUGGCGCGAGCACCUCAAGAAGGAGCUGCUCACCGAGGGACCGUCGACGGCCUUUCAGUUCAACCCCAAGACGUUGAGCUCCGUCGCGCCCAAGCCCACGUCCAUGAAGCCAUCGGAUUUCACAGCGGCCGACGCCAACAACGCGACGCCGCCCAACGAGAUUGAAACCAAGGUGCGCCAAGGCAUCAAGAACCCGCAAGAGCGGUCGGACGUGCCGUGCACGGAAGCCCAAAAGAUUGGGUGGGCCCAUGACCAGGCCUGGAAGAACGGUCGCGCCGAGACCAACAAGCGCUGGUACCGCGGCCGUGGCAGCACGGACGUGACAGUAUUUGCGGAAAACUACUGCGCCAUGGCCGGCUGCAGUCCAUUCGCAGACAAGUCGACGCGUUAAUUCAUCAACAACAUGUAGUUAGUCGACGAACGAGUCUGUCUUGUAAUAUAUAUAAAUGCAGAAGGUAUGGAGGGUCCUGGACCGGGGUA